GCAAUUGACUUUUGUUUUCGUUUGCUAGUUACAGUGUCUGGUUGUGCCAGAUUCGGUGGUCAAGUCAAGCGCACAUACGUACACAACAAAAGAAAAACGCACGCAUACAUAGAUAUAUAAAAAUUUAAUUCUAAUUGCCGUGUGCUAAGUGAAUAUAAAGAUGAAAAUCACAUUAGUGAUAGCUGCUGUCUGCAUAGCAGUGGCGUACGCUGAUCCCGCCAUCAGUCAAGCCAGAUCCACAACAGCCACAUCAACGAAACCUGGUAGAUUUUUAUCACUGCCAGUGCCAGCGAAAUGUGCCAGACGUCCCAAAGAAUUCUCAUACCGCGGUCGCAAUAUGUUCCUGAGUUCCCACGUACCAGCAUUGGCGAACAAGAAGGUCGAUUGGUUGGAUGGUCGUAACUUGUGCCGUGAAUACUGUAUGGACUUGGUCGCUUUGGAGACCCAAGAGAAGAACAAUUUGAUCUUCCGUGUUAUUCAACAAAACGAUGUACCCUACAUCUGGACUGCUGGUCGUAUCUGCGAUUUUGCUGGUUGUGAAAACCGUCCCGACUUGGAACCCAAGAACGUGUAUGGUUGGUUCUGGUCUGCAACUCGCGAGAAGAUUCAAGCCACCAACCGCAUUCCACAAGGCUGGGGUUACAAUCCAUGGUCACAAACUGGACACAAGAAGCGUCCACAGCCCGAUAACGCUGAAUAUGACAUCAAUCAGACUAAGGAACAGUGUUUGUCGGUGUUGAACAAUGUGUACAACGAUGGUAUUGCAUGGCACGAUGUUGCUUGCUAUCACGAGAAACCUGUUAUCUGUGAGGAUAACGACGAACUGUUGCGUUAUGUUGCGGCUACAAAUCCAGGCAUCCGUCUUUAAGGUCUUUGAAGGCGUUGUCAACGGGUGACAGUGGCGUAGGCUUGCGUGUAUGCACUGUGGUGCUAUGUUGUGCAAAUUUACUACACAAGUCGCUUAAGCAUUGUCUGUCUGUGUGUGUUUUUAAUUAAUUUUAUAAUUUUAUUUUGAUUUUAUUUCACAAAUCUUUUGUUUUUAAUUUUAUUUGUAAAGAAAGGUAAAAAAAUGCAAAUAAUAGACUUUAGAAUUUAUUACUACGUGCAUUCUUGUAGUUGAACGGAGAAGAUAUAUAUAAACAUAAAUAUAUAUGUAAACAAAAAAACCACCUGAAAUUUUUUUAAAACACUUAAUUGCAAAAUUUUACCUGUACAAUGUCGCCGAUAUCGUAGAUGUCGGUUAAAUUUUAGAAAACUUUCUUAUCACUUACUGCCAGUUUAUUACAUAAGCCGUUAUUUCUUAUUUGUUUUAAAAUAUUUAUUCUACUCUAAAUCCAUUUUCACAAAAACAAUUUUUUCUUAUUAUCUGCAAUGAAUGACGAAAAUAAAAUAUUAAAAAUUAAAAAAAAAAUUAAUAAAA